AUGGGGUAUCUUGGCCGCCUGAUCCUGCUAUUGCAGCUCCUGCUCACGACGCAGGUCGCUAGGGCGAUAGAUAUUUCUCCCGAUGACCCCAAUUCCUUCAAACAGGCCGCCUCUGCUGCUGCCUAUGACAUGGUCUCCUACUACAGUGGCAACCAGAGCGGUCAGAUCCCCGGAAAACUAUCGGGCACUUGGUGGGAAGGCGGCGCCAUGUUCAUGACUCUCAUCCAGUACUGGCACUGGACGGGAGAUAACUCGUACAACGACAUCACCCAAACAGGGAUGUACUGGCAGGCGGGAGAGAACUAUGACUACAUGCCGUCAAACUACUCGAGCUAUCUGGGAAACGAUGACCAGAUGUUCUGGGGCCUGGCGGCCAUGACGGCCGCCGAGCUCAACUACCCCCAGGUCGAUGGCAAGCCGUCGUGGUUGUCCCUCGCGCAGGCCGUCUUCAACACCCAAGUCCCGCGCUGGGACAAGACCUCGUGCAAUGGCGGCCUGCACUGGCAGAUAUGGAGCUACCAGGCGGGCUGGAACCAGAAGAACGCCAUCUCCAACGGCGGGCUCUUCCAGCUGGCCGCCCGCCUGGCGCGCUACACCAACAACCAGACCUAUGCUGACUGGGCGAAUAUCAUCUGGGACUGGAGCGCCACGACGCCGUUGCUCAACACCAAAACCUGGGACAUCGCCGACAGCACGACCUUCCCGUCCGGGUGUACGGAUCACGAUGAUGACCAGUGGACCUACAACUAUGGGACGUACCUGAUGGGGGCGGUCUACAUGUACAACCUGACCAAUGGCGACCCCAAGUGGAAGGCCGGCAUCGACGGGCUGCUGGGCACCAUCUGGAAGAACUUCUUCCCGCAGCAGUACGGCGGGGUCAUGGUCGAGCCCUGCGAUGCCCCUAAGAACUGCAACCGCAACGAGAUCCUCUUCAAAGGCUUCCUGUCGUCGUGGCUCGCCUUCACCACGCUUCUGGCUCCCUACACGGCGGGACCGAUCAUCGAGAAGCUGAAGCUUACAGCGCAGGCGGCGGGCAAACAGUGCACCGGCCUCAGCGACGGCAAGCAUUGCGGCAUGCAGUGGUACAACCCGACGUGGGACGGCACCGACGGGCUGGAGCAGCAGAUGAGCACGCUGAGCAUCUUCGCCAACACGCUGGCGGCCUUCGAGCCGCAGGGCAGCGGCGCCAAAAACCAGGCGCCCUUGACCUCGUCGACGGGCGGCAACAGCACCAGCGAUCCCAGCGCCGGCACCGGUAGCAGUGCGGACGAGGGCCUUGGGCCGCAUUUCUCUCCGAUCACCACGGCGGACCGCGUGGGCGCGGGCGUCCUCACUUUUGCGUUUGCGACGGGGUGGAUCGGGAUGGCGGCGUGGAUGCUCAAGGAACGGUGA